CGGUCCUGUCCUGGUCUGAAUUCUCUGAGUUCCUCCAAGACUCCUGGAGACCUGCUGGAUCGAUUUGGAAUGUGGAUGUGGUCAACAAGGAUUCAUCUGUGCUCAAGUUUAUCCAUUUCCCACACUCUCUGUGCCUUGCUGAACCUGAGCAUGACCUGAGCUUCAGUGUUCUGCAUGUAAAGGAACAACAAGCUGUCAUUGAGUCAACGGUGGACUUCACGGCAAGCCAUGUUAAAUGGCGUGUGUCCUCGCUUUCUCCCCUGGGUCCCAUCAUUUCGUGCAGUGUGCAGGUGAAGCACCACGGGGUGGUGCUGGUAUACAAGGAGCGGAACAAAAAACCGACAUUCACCUUCCAUGUGUUUUUGGCCUUGAACAACUGCUCUGAGAUCAAGGUGAUGAAGCAAAAUUGACAACGACUCAGUACGUUUACAUGCACAGCUUUAUCCGAGUAGAGCCAUAACUCGACUAUGCUCCCCAAUUGGACAACUGCAAUUGUCAGAUUAUACAUGGCGGUAAGAAAAUAGAUUCAAUGGCCGAAGCAUGUCAUUCCCCGGUACGCUAGGUGGCGCUGUACCCUUUUCAACUAGUGGUAAUAGAGCCACCGGCUGACCUCUUUACGUCACUAGCAACAACGAACUCAGGCGGUAUUCGUAAAAGAUGUUUUCAGUAGACAGCUGUCAGUUCACUUUGGGUCCAUGUCAUUUCUCUGACGCUCCAUUGUUCCGUCCUCUCGGAUGUCUGCGGACCUUGCAGCUCCUCGGGGGGGCGGAGCAGCUCCUUGGGGGGGCGGAGCAGCUCCUCGGGGGGCGGAGCAGCUCCUCGGGGGGGCGGAGCAGCUCCUCGGGGGGCGGAGCAGCUCCUCGGGGGGCGGAGCAGCUCCUCCGGCGGGAGUCUGCAUACGGCAACAAUCCCUUUCUCCUCCAUGUCACGGUUCAUAUGGACUUCAGGGAGUCAAAGCCAAAGUUAUCUAUCCCCGACAGUUCGGCCGCGGCGCAAUGAAUGAAUAAAGAACUUAAACUUUUCUUUUGACCGAUUUUUACAACCUUGUUGAGGAGCAACAUUUAGAAAAACAUGUAGGCCUACUUUUAAUUCAGCCUUGGUUGAAAUCGAAGUGUACUGUGUACUGAAUGCAUGUUGAUGAUGCACUUCAUCAACAUGCAUCAGGGUAACCACACGACACCGGCUUCCUCCAUCUUCUGCGCCACCUUUUUAAAUAAAUCACUGUUUCUCGUUUUCCAACGGAGACAACAACACGACUACCGUCUCCUUCUAAUUCCGGCUCAUGGACCCUUGAAAAGAUCUUGAGCAUGCGCAGAACGCAAAAUCCAAUUCCAAUUCGAUUGACCGUAAACAUCCACGCUUAAUGCUAAUAUCAAUCAAAUAAUCUAGGGGUCUUAAUCCGACUAUGAGAAACCCGAUUCGAUUUUACUCUGACUAAGGUGUAUACAUGCAUUUUAAUAAUCCAACCAUAGCCAGACAAACCCAAUAAUUAGAUUUUCUAGUAAACGAGUUUCUAGUAAACGAAAUGAGUAAUGGGACGAGAGUCCAUGUGUGUUGAUAAACAGAUUCAUGGAUAGUCAGACAAACUAGACUAAACUGGGCUAGGCUAAAAUGAGCUAAACUCUACUAGACCAAUCUGUGCAAAACUAGGCUAUAGGCUAAACUGGAUAGACUAAAAUAGGCUGGACUUAGCUAGCCUGGAAUGGGCUGGGCUAGGCUAGACUGCACCAGGCUAGGAUAGAUAACUCAGUUUAACAUCCUCGCUCGAGUGUCCACCUGUCUUUCUGUUUCUAUGAUCUGAUAUUUUGAAAAUCGUACAUCGCCCAUAUUAAUACCUUCCUCUUACUCUUCCUCUAUACUAUUUGUUCCUGGCCAUCUUUUUCUUUUGUGUGCAGGCUAUUGAAGAACAGGUGCUCUCUUCCAUUAAGACAUGGAUGAAGAUUGACAAACCGCCCACAUGUAGGCUGGAAGAGAAGUACCACAACCUCAAAAGCGAGCCAGAAGGGAAAAUUGAACCCUCGAAUCUAGAAUUCACCACUGAAGUUGUACAGUUGAAGGGCUUUUUUGUAGUACGUUUCGACGAGGGACCUCCGUUCGAAUUGUUCAUCAGAGCCGAGGACUCUGAUGAAGCUUUGUGGUCUACUACAAUCAGAGAAGAGGAUUGGAACGGCAAGAAGAAACCAAAUCCAUGGAAGAGAAUUAAACUUAUUUUUCGUCGGAUGGCGGCAAGGAUGGCGAGAGCUUGGACCCAACAAGGCAAAAACAAUGACAAUCAUCUGUUGCAGUUGUCAGAAAGGAAGCUUCAAAAGAUCCGUAGUGAAUUUGUGAAGAGAGCUUCAAUCUCAGUUAUCAAAGGUCUCCUGGAUGACCUUCUGCAGGAAAACGUGAUCAGUACUGAGGAAAAGGACACUGUGAUGCAGGAACAAAAGAACAGAGCGGACCAAGCACGGGGUCUGAUCGACAUGGUGAUGGGGAAAGGGGAGAGAGCAAGUGAGGAAAUGGUCAAUAGUAUGAAGGAGAGGGACCCUGGAUUAUGCUUAACCCUGGGUAUGAUCGCUGAUCCGGUCAGAAUUUGUCACUAUGAAAGUAAUUUUAAAGAAACUGUCACUGCCAGCAUUGUUUUGACAAGACAUUACAUUUAUUUAGCUGACAAAGUAAUUGUUGCUGUCCUGUUUAGAAUAGGUCCUCCUUCCUGUUCAAGUACAUGUGAACUAUGCUGUUCUCCUCAGGUACCGCCUGUAUCCAGAAGGGCAUUCCAUCAACCAUGCUAAACGCAAAGCCGGGCUUAUUUCGCUUAGCUUCGCUACUUUCAGUUACUCUCCUUUUCAGAUAUUUGAUCCAUGAUUCGACAUUUACAGUUCUGUGAUGGUAAAAUUUCUCGUGAGCACGCAUAGGACAUGAUAACGCUAGCCUGGUUUGAACUAACCUGAACAAGGCGUGGCUGAAUUGCGUUGAUGGAUUGGCUUUAGCCUCAAGUGGAAGUUGGCGUCAGUUCUAACUGGGCUUAAAGGGAUGAUUCACCGGUGGAGAUAUGGAGGUUAUAUGAAGUAAAUAAUUCUAUGUAUUAUAAAUGUGCGAAAAAAAUCGAAAUUGGUUCAUCCUAGCCUGAGAAAAGGCAGAAUGUGUCUCUCUGCCUCAAAAGUAAGAAAUCCUCCAACCACCACCUCCUACCACAGUGCAUUGCGCUCGCUGCACCGCCCGCCUGUUUCCGUUUGGAGGGGGAAGGACCCGUGGUCUUAGCGCGAGAAAACUUUGUGUAAACGUAUCCCCGUGAUACGUUGACUAGUUUAGACUUCUGCCCUCAUUUUUUCAAACGCAUCAUUUGUAUAUUACUGUACAGCAUAAAAACAUUUGCUAAUUACAAUAGCUCAGCAUAUCAAGUUUCUCCCCAGUUGAAAUAAGUAUUUAUCUUAUACAGUAGGCCUACUUUAGUAUAACAGCCCUUGGAUAGUAAACUAAUCACAACAACCAACGUGAAUUUGAAGUUUUAAUCUUGAAAAAAUAUGAACUAUUUACAAAAAUAAAACGUGUAGGGUGCGUUUGCUAGAGACUAAAUAGUCACAGCUCCACUUGAGCAUCUACUUUCUCCUGGUAAUUGUUAGUAAAAGAACAAACACUUACUCUAUGCUCAUACGUCUGUUUCUCCCGGCGGGCUUUGGCUGGCGUUUCCAGUUCACUUUCUGGGUCUGGAAAUAUGUAUCCAUUACCCAACUGUUCAGAUGAGGCUAAAGCCUGGGUGAGAGGUUACACACGUCGCCCCGUCCUCGCCAGAUUCAGCCAUUUAUUCUAGAAGAAACUGGCAUUGCUGAAAUUCCCUGCAGCACAGGGACUCUGUGUUAGUGUCUAUAGGCGAACAGAGCAAACCGGCGCGCUCCGGCUCCUCGUCCUCUGCAACAGGCAGGGCUUGUUCAGCUGCAGCCGCAGCAGCCUCCCCCUCUAUUUGUGUAAAUUCUUCCUGGCUGUAUUCUGGCUCGUACUAAUAUCCCUGAAUGUCCGAAUCCAACAAUAGAUUUUCAAAAUCCACUUUGGCUGUUUCACAAUGCAAAUUUGUUCUCUAGCUAAGCGGUGAAGAAACAUGGCGGACAUUGUGUUGACAUCUCAUACGCGAGAUGUGAUAGGUCUGUUAGCGCAUUAGGUCCCACCCCCUAUGGCCGGGUUUGAAAGGGUGGGAACUAGUGCUUGUGGUCUCAAUAGAAAUCCCCCCUCUUGUAUUUCCUGCUGGUAAUGACGCCAUUGCCAGAGGAAGUGCAAGAGGUAAAUACAGAUUUCUCCGUGUUGCAUGACCAUUCAAACGCAUGACUGGGUUUCUAACAAUGCAAAGCUUAAUGCAAAUGGAUGGAGUGUUCCGUUAAUCAACUAAGCGCCGCCUUCGUUAGCGAUUUUGAUGAAUACCCCUCAGGUAUAGAUAGGAAUUUUGUUACAAUUUAUCAAAAUAAUGUUAGUAUGGUUGUAAUCAUGGAGUUUGUAAAACAAGUUGACAUUAUGCCAAAGAAAGAAUACAUUUUUGCUUAUCUUGACAUUUUUACUAGUCCACUAAAUUGUAUUCAGGUUGCAUUUUUGUAUCAUUUUUUUGUAUCAUUUUUGUGAUUGCAAUGCACUUCGCCACGCUCCGUGUGUUGCAAAAUUCUAAUGACAUUUCAAUAUAUAUAACUUUUGCAAGUUUUAUUGAGGAUUUCAUUGUCACUUUGCAUAUUAAAACACACUUUGAA